CGGCGGAGGUCUCUCCCAGCCUCGACGACGCUGCUUGUCGCCGCGUCGACCGUGCUUGCUCUACUCACUCUUACACGUCUCAUUGUUGCUCAUUCACAUUCCAAGUGCUUCCCAACCUUUGACGCAUCUUUGGUGGCCGUCGACACGUCCGAAAUGCAGCGGGAGCAUGUUCGCAGAGGGUUCACCAUAUACGUUCAUCAAAAGGUUGUGCUGGAGAUUGACUUCUCCGGCAGUCUCUGGGGUUACACGGAACUCACCGUAGUCCCCGCAAGCAAGGAAUUGAAGACACUCCAUCUUCAUUCAAGGCAGUGCACGAUACAUUCGGUCACCGUCGGUUCUCAUCCUGCGGACUUCGUCUGUCAUGACCCCUUCACCAAUCUCAACAUCUCCAAUCCCCAGGAUGUCCAUGUUCACCCGGAGCUCAAGCGAAAGGUGUACUCUGCGCUUGCUGAAGGCGACGAGGGCGAAUUAUCGAUUGCGAUCCCGAAAGAGGUUUCUCUCAGGCAAUCGGGGCAUGCUGCUGCGGGCAUUGCUAGCGAAGCUGCAACUCCUGAACCCCAAACACCUGGGCCAAUGUCUCAGCCAGCGCUUCCCGUACCGGAGUUCAGCCCUAUCACGGUGAAUAUCGCCUAUAGCGUGCGGAAUCCUGCGGAUGGACUACAAUUUGUGCUCCCGACUGAUACAUAUCCAUAUCGCGUACCACACGUAUACACCACACCUUCAUGUCCAGACGCAGCCCGAUGUUGGGUACCCUGCAUUGACAACGUAUGGGAGAAGUGUACAUGGGAAUUCGAAUUCGUCGUUCCAAGAUACCUGGAGCAGCGGGAAGACACGCCCAUGAAUGAUGAAGAGCCACUCGAAGGCGACAGUCCCACAGUCGUCGUUUGUAGCGGCGAGCUGGUCGAACAAGUUUCCCAUCCCUACAACUCCAACAAGACGAAAUUCCUCUUCUCGCAAAGCACCUUGACGUCCGUACAGCACGUUGCUUUUGCCGCCGGGCCAUUCCACGUCCAACCUAUCCCCGCCGAUCUCAGCGCUGCUGAAGAUGCGUCCGGGACCAUGCAACCCCUCAUGCACGCAUUCUGUCUCCCGGGUCACGAAGGACUUCUCGCGAACUCCGUUUCCUUCAUGCGUUCGGCCAUGAGCUUCUACUCAACAGAGUUCGGCUCUUACCCAUUUGGCUCUCACAAGCUUGCCUUCGUGGAUGAAAUGCCGACACAAAGAUUCGACAGCGCUACGUUAUCCCUGGUCACUGUAGACCUACUGCAUGGCGAGGACGCUAUAGAUCAAGUUUUCGAAACUCGACAUUGCCUGAGCCAUGCGCUCGCCUGCCAGUGGAUGGGCAUCAACAUCCAGCAGAAGACGUGGUCGGAUACGUGGCUGGUCAAUGGCCUCGGCUUGUAUAUUGCGGGUCUCUUCACUCGCAAGCUGCUUGGCGGUAACGAGUACCGGUUCAAGCUGAAGAAGGACAUGGAACGUGUGCUUCAGCUGGACAACGGCGCCAUGCCGCCCAUUUGUCAACCGCAACAGCUGGAUCCCCCUGAUUCGUCCACACUGCCCUUCAUUAAUUUGAAGUCACCUCUCGUCCUUCACAUCCUUGACCGACGUCUUGGCAAGUCGGGUACGUCGUUAGGCCUGUCGCGAGUCCUUCCCAAGGUAUUCUUGUCCGCUAUCAGCGGCGAGAUGCCGAACAACCUCAUCUCGACACAUUCAUUCCUGCGGACAUGUCGCAAGGUGAGCGGCAUCGACCCACGUUCCUUCGCGGAACAAUGGAUAUACGGGAGUGGGUGUCCUACGUUCGGGUUUUCUGCAACCUUCAACCGAAAGAAGAUGGCCGUCGAGAUCUCGAUGCGCCAGGACGCACCGGCUUUCAAGGUGCACGAAAACAACGAGGUUGGGAAGGCACUGAUGAAGCCAGUGUCGUUCUUCGAGGGCCAAAUGACUAUCCGAAUCCACGAGGCCGACGGGACCCCUUACGAACAUGUCCUGGACAUUCGGAGCCCAUACAAACGCUACGAAGUCCCGUUCAACACGAAGUACAAGCGAGUACGACGGAACACGAAGCGGUACCUUGCGCGGCAGGCCGCCGCUCAGGCGGCCGCGGAAGGAGACGCUGAGGCAGCUGCCGCAAUGGACAUGGUCGACAUGGGAUUCGGACUAGAGAUAUGGGAGAACGAGAAAGAGCGCGAGAACUGGAAAGUGGCGGACUGGACCGAGGAAGACGAACAGAGCAUGGCGGGACAGACAUACGAAUGGAUCCGGAUCGACGCGGAUUUCGAGUGGAUCGCGGCCAUCGCGUUCGACCAGAAGGACUACAUGUGGGUGUCACAGCUACAACGGGAUCGAGAUAUCGUGGCGCAAUACGAGGCAAUUCAAGUGUUGACGAAGACUCCGAAUCCUAUCAUCUCAAGUACGCUCACCAAGACCGUGCUUGUUUCCAACUACUUCUACCGGAUACGCUGCGAGGCAGCUCAAGCGCUCGUAACAUGCGCAAUACAGAGGCUGGAGUGGUUGGGCCUAUUCCACCUGUUCAAGCUGUUCCUGCGCUACUGUUACGAACCGGAUGACUCCAAGCCGGACCUCUUCAGUCAUACGUAUGUGCCGAGACCCAACGACUUCAGUGACUUCGCGGAGUACUUUGUGCGGAAGAGUUUGAUACGCGCCGUAUCAAGAGUACGGUUCGAGAACGGCAAGACGCCACCGAUCGUCAGACAGUUCCUCGUUGACCAGCUGCGGUACAACGAUAACACUUCCAACCCGUACUCGGAUGCAUUAUACAUUUGCACAGUGAUUUCUGCAUUGGCAUGUGCCACUAUCUCUACGGUACCACCAGAGCGUGGCGAGUUCACCGCCAUGGACUCGCAGCCAGUACAAGAUGCCCAAGACGCCGAUCUGCUCAAGCAGGCUCUCGCAGAGGUAGAUCGAUAUCGCAGCAUGGACAGAUUAAUACCGACGUACCACAACGUGGUCACCAUCGCCGUGGUUGAGUUUCACCUCAUGCUCAGUGUGGCCAACCUUGUUCCUCACGAUCCCCGUAUAUUCUUCUCAUUGACACGCGAGGGUAACUACACCCAAGUCCGUAUGGCGGCGUUCGAUUACCUGUUCCUCACGAAAUGGUACACGCCGAAGGUCAUGCGCUACAUCCUCGCGGUUAUGGCCAACGACCCUUCCCGGCUCAUCAGGCGACAUGUAGCACAGAACGCAUGCCUCAGUCUCGCACUCCUCGUAUCCAUGGGCGAGGUCAAGACGUUGAAGGAGUCGGAGUCGGUGCUCAUUGAAGAAGAUGGCAACGGUGCCGAGAAGACCAAAGAGAACAAGAAGAGCGACAUGGAUCUCAUGAUCAAGGCCUUCCGGAAGGAUCGAGAGCUCGGGAAGAGCGAAGUGAUCAGGGAAUCCCUGAUGCCCAUCGCUUUAGCACCCGAGACAGACAACGAAGUCCGAUGGUGCUUGCUCAAGCUCGCCGACUUGCUGAUUCGUGGCGCUGAAGAGGCACCGCCCAAGGUCACUAUCCACCUCCCGCCGACUCCAGUGACCGAAGUCGCACCUCCUAUUCCCCCAGACGGGAGGGCCGCCAUCAGGACGCCAACUCUGCCCUUCGCGGGACCGCCGAAACUCAAGCUACCUCCGAGUAGCGUGCAGGGUGAUGUCCCUCCGCCUAAGAAGGCACUAGCACCGGAAAAAAAGAAGCCACAGAACGUCCCGAAGGCUCACUUGUCGCAAUGCUUGAAGAAGCUUCAAACCCACAAACGCGCUGCCGUCUUCCUGCAGCCUGUUGAUCCCGUGCGGGACCAUGCACCGAAUUACUUCGAGGUUAUCAAGAAUGCUAUGGACUUGAGCACUAUGAAUGCCAAACUCGAGUCGGGGCAAUAUAAGGAUCGGUUUGGAUUCGAGGACGACUUCCGCCUGGUGAUCAGUAACGCGAAGUCGUACAAUGCGCCUGGCAGCUACGUUCACAGCGAGGCCCUGGCAUUGGAGUCCUUCUUUGAUAAGCAAUGGGUGCGCAUCAAUAAGACUCUCGAGGCUGCAGAUCGUGCUGCAGAGCCGCGAGAUGUAGAUCCUCCCCUCUUCGGCCACCCGCGGCCGUCCAUCAAACUGAAGGUAGGCGGCACAACGCCCAAGGGUAAAAAGGUUCAACCGCGGUCGCCUUCGCCUCUGCCACGCCCGCCAACGCCAGAUAUUGAUGAUGGAUCGGCCGAUCUACUCGAAGAGGUCAUCGCUAUCGAGAGGGAGAAGAACGAGGGACGCAAACAGCGGGCUAUCCAACCCGCAGAGAAGGAGAGGGAGAAGCACGCGCCGAAGCUUGUCAUCGGCAAACGUAAGAAGCCCUCCGAGGAUCCGACUGAGGACGAGAUACUGGCCCUUGCGACACCGUCCAAGAAAGACCGGCCGGCGCCAUCCGCACCUGUUGCGGGACCGUCUUCUGCUGCAUCCGUACCAGCUCCCAAAGCGAAGCAGAAUGGUGCUGCCCACACCAACGGUAGCGCCGUGCAAGUGAACAAAGCAAAAACUGCCAAAGCAUCAGCCGUACCGUCCUCUGAACCGGCCGCUGAAGUUCGUCAGCGCGCUUCUGCUAAGGGCAAGGAGAAAGAGGUACCAACGCCGGUGGCUAAGCAGAAGAAAGCGGCCGUUCAGGCUACCCCUCUCAACGAGAAGAAGUGCAGAGAACCGGUCGACCCCGUUUUGGAUGGAUGUCCGACCUACUACGAUGAGAUCAAGGAACCUAUGGAUUUCGGUACCAUGUCUACGAAACUGAACGAGGGUGCUUACGUCACUAUGGAGAACUUCGCCAAAGACGUUGACCUCAUCUUCCGUAAUUUCGAACGUGUGUUCAAGAAGGAAUGGGCGAAGGUUACGGAGAGGAAACUUGCGUGGAACGAUAAGCGCAGCCUCCAAAGUGCCAUGAACAAACUCGUCGCUGAUCCGAUCUCUUUCGUCUUCCGUGAGCCCGUUGACCCCGAGUUACUGGGUAUACCGACAUACUUCGACGUCAUCCCACGCAAAGAUGCCCGUGACCUCCGGACCAUCCGUCAAAAGUUGGAUGCAGACAAGUACGACUCCGUCGAGGCUUGGGAGGCGGACAUGGACCUGAUGAUCGAUAACGCCAUCCUGUUCAAUGGAGCUGACUCGGAGGUUGGGCGAAUUGCCGUCAUCAUGAGGAACAAGCGCAAGGAAUUAGCGUCAGGUGUGAAGUCGACCGUCAUGAAGCGCAAGGGCAGCGACAAGGGCACUCCGCAGCCUAGCAAGAAGGUGAAGUUGAGUUGAUGUCGUAUUCAUUAUUUGCUGUGUAUCUGUACUGUUUGUCGUUGUGCAUUGCUGUCAUGUAUUUUACCGCCUGCAUACGUUACUCUGGAUCCUGAUAACUUAGUCGCAGCACGAGCGUAAUAGAGAAUGCAUCUGGGAGUGGGGAUUCUGUCAUGGGUUGGCAAAGAGACUCCGAGCUAACUCAUGCAUGUACUGAUCACGGCAACAGCCAUCGUCUCUUGAGUUAGAGACGGAGGAAGUGACACGAUACGCUCCUAACUUUCCUUCAUGGGACAUUGAAGCGUCGACGUUCAGCCAAAUCAGCGUCACGGUCGAUCGACU